AUGGUACUCAACCCUCAGAGACCUUCCAAGCACAAUCAGAUGGAUCUACUUUCACGAUUCAUAAAGCAUCCAAAAUCCACAAACUUUUACGAUGAGGAAGAUAGACCAGCCAAGCGCCAGAAGACUGGUGAUAACCCCAGAAAACCACCGCCUACACCCCGGCGGUCGAUCAAGCGCGAGAUCGCCGAUUCAGAUGCAGACGAUGACGAUCAUGUAGUGGUGAAGACAGAGGAGAAGGAACAUAAGACGGACUUGGAGAGUGCGUUGCCACCCGUCAAGACUGGGGACGAGGCAGUCGAAGAGUACGAGGCUUUCAAAGCGUCGCAAGAGGACAAGGUAGAGGAGACUGGCGAUCGCAUCGAAAAGAGGUCUUGGAUCCGAGGGAAGAGCUCUCUAUAUGUUGAUGCAUUCAAUCUAGCAUUAGAUACGGUGCUCAACGAGGAGAGCCAUCUGUUCGAUGAGGCUGAAACUGAACUGUUCAGAAUAUGGAGACAAUUAGGUUACGAGGCUCAAUACUUAUAUGUGCGGUUGUUCCUCCGCAAGACGUCUGCCUGGCAUCGUAUAAAGAAUCUCGGGUACCACAGCGAUAUUGCAGAUCUCGAUGCAGCUGUUGAAACUCUACAGCGUACAUACAGCUUGCCUGCACCCUCCUCCAAAGUCCAGACCCAUCCUGGCGAGCUCGAAGCACCCGCAGGUACUAUAUUAGGCACUUCGUUCACUUUUGCGGACCGAUCUGAAGAUGAAAUCAACACAUUGGAAGAAGCCUCGUCGCUACUGAAGCUUGAUGAGCUCAAAGCGUUUGCGAAAGACGCAAAAGUUCAAGGGAAGAAUAAGAGUGAACUGCUGAGAGCGCUGCGACGGACAAGCCAGAAGCAAGCUGGUCUGGGCGGCUACGUUGGACUGAAACGGUCAGACUCUGAGAUGUCCAGACGGUCUUCCAACGCAGGAUCAAGGCCAGAAACGCCCGAAAUCGAAACGCCGCCAGUCGAUGAGCCAUCUGAUGACUCCAAUCGUGAUGCACAUUUCACACGCAAGAUUAUGAGCGAGACGGGUCCUUGCAUACGGCUUUCUAUUGCAACACUGAAGCUGUUUGAGCGCGUGCAUUUGGUAUUUUAUCGCUCCACUGAAUGGACGGAGAAGUCGCUUACGGCCAUCAUUCUUGCAAAAAUUGCCCGCUGGAACUUUCCAGAAUACAUCGUCUCACGCUCUGUAAACAUAUUUGCUUCUCGCUCGUUGUUGCUCGAGUACGAGGCCGCAGUACGGACACAAUUUCGGGUAGACAACAUCCUGGAGUUCAAUGGACGUCCGACAGAGAAGGGAUAUCAGGAAGUGAUUGACAUAUUUGAGGCUGUAUAUCCUAGGUGGCAAGCGCUUGUACGUGUAGAACAGCGCAAAGAAGACAGCAUCUACCAUAGCGGUGAAGGGUCCUAUCUUCGCCGCUUGUCACCAGCCUGGGUUUAUACACGCAUCAUUCACAAAGCCCUCGAAAUACUCAGGCGCCGAAAGGAGCAUAAGCUUGAGCAUGGAUUGCUUACAGAGUUGUUGCAGCAGCGAUUAUUUCACCACUCGCGAAGGGGAGCCUGGUACCAGCGCAAAGCCUUGUUAGAAGAGCACUAUAUGGCUGCUCUCAAUGAUGCCGAGAAGCGGAACGAGGAGCAACAGAAGAAGCACUGGAAGAACAUUGCCUUGCGAACCUGCGAAGACGGCCUUCAAGAUAACCUGGUACACAUCAUACACCAUUACGAUUUGCAAAAACGCAUCACAAAGCUUGAGAAGUCGAUCAAUAUCCCAAAACGGUUGCAACACGACUUUACUCAUGUUCGUCUCACCAGGCCUGCCGAAGUUGCGUUUGAAGGAACACGCAUCGAACGUAAAAUCCCCUCAUUGCCGCGCCGAACUAGCUCCCCACAUCCUGGAGGAAGCCGACGAGGCGGCAAAACGAUAUGGAUCGAUCCUCGCGAAGACGGAGAAUGCUCGGUCGAAGCCAUGUGUCUCUCACAUUAUCGCAACCAAGGUUGGAAAGGCUUCCACAGCGAGGGCGGUAUUGUGCGAACACUCUUUGCGUACUUGUUCUUUGAUGUAAUGUUCACGUACGUUCCCAAUGUCUUCCAGACACCAUACCAGACAUGCCCAUUAGAUCUACACACGGACGCCUUCUAUCCCUCACGCAUCUCGGAGAUUAAUGCACGUCUGAAUGAGAUCUCAAACGGGGAUGCGCCAGCCAUUAUACAGCGAGUCUAUGGCGACCACCAUGAGCGCCGAACGUGUGUUGUAGGUCUCGAUUGGACAUAUGAUGUUGUCGAUUUGAUUGAGAUUGCGCAUUGCUUUGACGGCGAGGCCUUAGCUACCGUUUGCAAAGUCAUGGCACAAGAGUAUGGCCAACGAGGCGGUGGCGUGCCAGAUCUGUUCUUGUGGAAAGUCGCAAAAGAAGAUGGACUGAAGGGUCAAGUGAAGUUUGCGGAAGUGAAGAGCGAAAAUGACCGUUUGAGCGAUACACAGAGACUCUGGAUACAUGUUUUAUCGAGCGCGGGGGUGCGUGUGGAGCUUUGUGCGGCGGUAGCGAAAGAAGUGAUAACCAAGUAA